GAAAAAAAUACUCGAGACGACAAACGGAUGAGAGUGAAAGCAAAGACGGAGGCGGCGUUAUCAGUUUUUGCGAAACAACAACGACGCAAAAGAACUGAAUCUCAGACGGCGCGGCAGGUGCGCGUGUAAUCAUAUCCGCCCAUUACUAUUAUUAUCAGCAGACAAAGUGCUGUUGUUUUACAGUAUUUUGUCCGUUGGUGGCGGCAGCGGCGCUGGAGGAUUUUAGUUGAAAGCGCAAUCGUAAAAGACUUUGAUGGUAUUACUACCGCCCAGGUUGCCAAGUAAGCUUGUUUUUAUGCACAGGGGUUAGCUGGCUGGCUGCCUGUGUACUUUUACGAAAUUUUCAACAGUCGCUGUCGUCAGCAUAACACGAAGGCUGUUAUCGCAGUUCUCGCGCCCGAGUUACUGUGGACUGUCAAGCAACCGUGCUUCGUGCUCUCGUUGAUAUUCUACCUCAACACCAGGACUCAUUCGUAUACUCGUCGACGGAAGGUUUGGAGGAUACGGCUUUUGGCAGGUAUAAAGUCUCGUAACAUAAUCACGUAUCGUCCGUUGUGCCCAGUUGUCGCAGUGCCUCCAGUAACAACGGCAAGAUGUCUCGAGCCAUUGACCUACUGCGAGUGAUGGCUAGCGUGCAACGCCGCUGUCCUGGCCAUCACCACAUUGGAAAUGCCCUUUUGAGCUCGACAGGAUCAUGUUCCCAAUCAAAGGACUACGCGUUCGAGAUGGCCUGCUCCAAUAUUCGCUAUGGGCCUGGGGUUACCCGGGAGGUUGGACAGGACUUGAAUAAUAUGAACGCGAAGAAAGUGUGCGUCGUAACAGAUAAAAAUCUGUUGAAGCUUCCUCCCGUGCGGGCCGUUCUCGAUUCGCUGCACGCUAACAAAGUCGUCUACGAACUUUUCUCCGAUGUCUCAGUGGAGCCAACAUACAAUAGCUUCCAAAAAGCGAUAAACUUUGCGCGGACUGGUGGCUUCGACUCAUUCGUAGCAGUGGGUGGUGGCUCGGUGAUCGAUACAACAAAGGCAGCUAACUUGUACACGUGUAAUCCGGAAGCAGAAUUCCUUGACUUUGUGAACAUUCCGAUAGGAAAGGGUUUUCCUAUAAGAAACGCUCUUAAGCCGCUAAUUGCCAUACCCACGACUGCGGGAACGGGUAGUGAAACUACGGGGGUUGCUAUAUUCGACUACGAGCCUCUAAAAUCGAAGACAGGAAUAGCGAGUAGGGCACUUAAGCCCACCCUAGCCCUCGUAGAUCCGUUGCACCUAAAGCAUAUGCCCGAGCGUGUCGCUGCCUUCUCUGGCUUUGAUGUCCUGUGCCAUGCCCUCGAAUCGUUUACGGCCAUUCCUUUCAAUGAACGACAGCCUUGCCCAGACGACCCUAUCAAACGGCCGGCCUACCAGGGCAGCAAUCCGAUCAGCGAUGUUUGGGCCAAGCAUGUCUUCGAAAUAUUACGGAAGUAUUUCAAAAGGAACGUAUUCAAUCCUGAAGAUUACGAGGCACGGUCGGCGAUGCACUUGGCAAGUUGUUACGCGGGAAUUGGUUUCGGAAAUGCAGGCGUUCAUUUAUGUCACGGGAUGUCGUACCCGAUAUCGGGACUAGUGAAAAACUUUGUUGCUAAAGAUUACGAGUCCUCGGAAAAGCCGAUCAUUCCGCACGGAUUGGCUGUUGUUAUGACGUCGCCCGCUGUUUUCAAGUUCACGGCACCUGCUUGCCCCGAUAGACAUCUGCUGGCGAUUGAACUUCUCGGAGGUCGAGAUACUCGAGGACUGAAACAAGCCGACGCUGGCCCCGUUCUGGCCGACGUCCUGCGCGAUUAUAUGAGCGAUAUGAAGAUUGAAAACGGAUUGUCCGCAUUAGGUUAUGAUAAAUCCGAUAUCGAUAGUCUUGUUGAAAAGACUUUACCUCAGGAGCGUGUAACGAGGCUGGCUCCGCGUAGCCACGUAGAAAGUGACCUUGCCAACAUUUUCGAGCAAUCAAUGACGAUUUUCUGAACCUGAACCAAAAGUAUUAUAUAUAGAAUAAAACUGUGGCGACGAGCAGUAACGGGAUUCGGAUGUGUUCGGCAUCUAAUGGUUAAUGCAUAGGAUUUGCAUUUAUCUUAAUAUAGCUGCGUCGCAUUUUUGAAUAUGCAUAUAUGGUAUUCUAAUUAUUUUCUAUUCUAUCUAUUCUAACUAAGAAUAUAUGUUAGCUUUCGUAAAAAAAUGUAUACACUUCAUACACAUAUUUUGCGUGAGUAGUUCGACAAAUAUAGUAAGCUACAAUAAUCAGCGGAGUAAUUUGUUGACCUGUCGUUAAUGCUAAGUUCGAUACAAAAGGUUUCUACCUUCCGGAGAAUAAAGUCAGCGUAUUUUGUUAGACCUUCAA